UCUCCUCCACACCUCCCUCCCGGCACAUGUCUCCAGUCAGUCCCAGCAGAGCAGAGACUCGGGCGGCAGGAAUGUGAGACGCAGAGCGCUCAGCUGAUCCUCACUGUGCCACUCUCAUCUGAAGCAGAAACAGAGUCUGAGGUCUGGAGUCGUUUCUUUCUCUCCGUUCCCUUGCGGCUCGACAUGCCACCUCACAUGGAUUACUACCACGAGUCCCGAGUCCCCUCCGCCUGCGGGCUGACCCGGGAGGACGAGCUGGAGCCCGGUGCCAUCAACUGCAUGCUGGUCGGGGAUGGAGCCGUGGGGAAGACGAGCAUGAUCGUCAGCUACACCUCCAAUGGAUACCCGACAGAGUACAGGCAGACUGGGUUCGACGUCUUCUCCGGUCAGGUCCAGGUAGAAGGAUCACCAGUCAAAGUUCAGCUUCUGGACACUGCUGGACAGGAGGAGUUUGAUGAGUUCAGAGCUCUAUCCUACACCCACGCCGAUGUCUUCCUCCUGUGCUUCAGCAUGGUCAACCCCACCUCUUUUCACAACAUCACCAAGAAAUGGGUCUCAGAGAUCCGGGCUCACAACCCAUCUUCGCCCAUCAUCCUUGUCGGGACCCAGUCGGACCUCCUGCUGGACGUGAACGUCCUCAUCAAUCUGGACAGAUCUAACGUCAAGCCCGUCCUGAGCUCCAGGGCCAGGAGCAUGGCGGAGAAGAUCAGGGCCUCGGACUACAUUGAGUGCUCGUCUCUCACACAAAAGAACUUGAAGGAGGCCUUUGAUGCGGCCAUCUUUGCCGCCAUUAAGAACAAAACUCGCAAGAGCAAGAAGAGGAGGUUUUCCGACAGGCGCACCAAAGCUUUCUCCAGGUGCAGCUGGAAGAAGUUCUUCUGCUUCGUCUGAACUCUGUUAACUGUUGACCCUGUGGGUUAUGGACUACAAUUUAACUUAUUUAAGUUUUUUUUAACUUUCACUUGAUGUUACAGGUGUGACUUGUGGUAGUUUAGCAUCUUCUCCAUGCAAAAUAUUUGGCUUCUUUUAUUUUGGGAUGCCAAAUGGUGCAAAACACAAGUCAUGGGCACAGUGAGCAUUGGAAACAAAUAUCAGUUGAGAAAGCAGAGAGGAUUCUGGGUCUGGUUUCACACAUCAGAUUUCAGGACAGCAGAAAUAUUUACAUUAUAUUCAUGUCAUUGUUCCAGACCAACAGAAGAACAUCGUCUGCAUAUUAAAUGACUGUAUGUAUGCUGUCAUAUGUGUUAAAGAGAAAAGAGGCUGUGAAUUCAGACUUAAAAGGAAGCGAAUGUAUUAAGUGAACUCACAGACACUGAGAAAAUCCAGACCAUCAUGUAAAUGCUCCACAUUUGCAUGAUGUGCUUCACACAAGGGCUGCAACCUUUUAGUUCGAGCGAGAGGGGAAACAGAAAGUGUCGUGGCUGUGUUUGAGCAGAUGGGCGUUAGCUGCCUCUGGUGUUUUCUUGUUGUCUGGUUGCACCAGCUUAUUUAUAUGCAGCAGCUGCAAGUUCAGGUUGCAGAGCGAGGUGCCACAUUCUUACCUGUGUGUGAAAGCUCUCCCGGCUGGUUUUGGGAGGGUGUUCUCUGGCCUUUGAGUUAAACAACUGACAAUCCUUUACCAGCUCUUGAUGUGACAAAUAUAUUUUCUUUGUUUGAAUCCUCUGGUUUGGCACAGGAACUUGUUUGAAAAUCCUCUUGUGUGUUGUGAAAGGUUUGCGCGGGAGCAGUAACCUGUGGCUUUUUGUUCCCGGCUCUCAUCAAUCUGCAUCUGUAAAAGCAAGCACUGCAGGAGUCCACUCUGCAGGUCCUCCCACCACCUCCACCAGCCUCUUUGUUUAUAUGCUCAAUACACUCCUUAUCUCCUGAAUAGCUCAGUGUGUACCGAGUGUGAGGAUGCUAAACAGUCUCUGUUUUAAUGUAAGUGUCGGCCACGCAUCUUUAAAAAAGAAAAGGCUUUGUGCUUGUGAUACAUGUACAAAAGAAAAUCAAAUAUUGCAAUGGAGUGUAAUAAUAUCUCGUGAAUAUACAAGUGUAUAUAUGCGACAAGGCUUUACUAUGCUUCUUGUGGAAGUCAUUUUGCUGUAUUCUGUUUGUGAAAACAGUUCAAUUUUCAUGUCUAUGUUUAUGAAAUAUUCAAUAACACAUGGAUUUUAAAUGCAUUUGCCCACGCCAUAAACUCUUUUAUGUCAAAUUUUGUAUCACUGUCCAUCUCCCUCUCUAAACUGUUUGUCUUUUUUUACAUGUCGGAGUGAUGCAAAUAAAUGAA